GUUUUUAGUUGGAAACUCCUUUCUUUUAAUAUUCGAACUUAUUUUAAAAUAAAUUGAUCCGUUUCUAUGUAAACAAUGUUGUGUCAUUUUGAUCGCAUUUCAUUGUGAAGUUUUGAUAUUGCAGUAUGGAAAUAUUGCAUAAGUUCAAAGAAAAUGGUUAUUUUACUUCGGAACUAUACCACUUACUUGCUAAUAAGAAGUUGGUUGAUGGUUCAACCGAGAUUAUACCUUCAGAAUAUGAGAAGGAAAUGAAAAUGUCCACUCAAGAGCGGCUGCAGACUUUAUAUAAUAUGGACAUAGAGAACCUGAUCACCCCGGCCGGCAGGAAGCCCAACAAGGUCGUGUUAUCUUUCACACCCAAACUGCUCGUGUUCCAAAACUUCAAGCCGAAUGAUAAAAUUGUCGCAAAAUUUUCUGUUAAAAAUAUAAGCAAGGGGCCGACUUACGUCAACUUGGUUUACAAAGAGUCCUCGUAUUUCUUUAUCAAGCCUUGUGGAGGGCAGUUGUUGUCGAGGUUAGCGCCAGGGAUCAGUGUGACUUUUGCUAUAACCUUCCUCCCCGUGCAAUUUGAGGACUAUACACAUCGAGUGACCAUUAAUACUGAUGUGGAUCAAUACGUCUUACCUCUCAUCGCAAUGGGCCCUAGACCGAUUUUCGAUUUCCCUGAUAAAAUAGAUAUUCCAAAGAUUCCCUUGAAAGUGGAGAACCAUGUGUUGAUAAGUGUCCAUAACAUUGGCAUGGUGCCUGCUGGCUUUACUCUCAAUUGUAGAUGUCCAUUCUCAGUUCAUCCCAAGUCUGCUUAUUUAAAUAAGGGUCAAAAGAUUGAUAUCGCUGUGUCAUUUAAAACAAUGCACUUGGGUGAAGCCCAUGGAAUAUUAAAUGCACUUUUUGAAACUGGAGAAAACUUCCGUAUAUUGAUGACGGGGACAACUCAUACUGUGAGUGUUGAGUUGGAGAAACAAGUGGUACGAUUCUUUGACACUUACAACACUAUGAUGCGGCAGCAGACAUACAAGGUGACCAACAAAUCCGAUCACAUGCUCACGUACAUGUGCAUGAAGAACGAUUGUGUGUUAUACGAUUUCGAAGAAAAAGUGAAGUUAGCAACAAUAUUUUACGAUAUGAAAGAAAGUGAAUCAGCGAAGUAUAGAAAGUUGGUGCAGUAUGACGUCCUCAGUAGCAACGAGCAUGAACGAGUGUACACUCGGAUCUUCUUUGAUGAGAUCCAGGCGCUGGUCGCUGAUGAAUCGCUGCAUUUCCAAAAUAUGCACUUUUCCAUAGACCCGAUAAAAGGAAAGUUGUGGCCGAACAAAACAACAGAAUUAACUAUAACAUUUUGUCCGAAAGAAAUCGGAGAGUUUCAAACAACAGCCUACUUGGAUAUAGAUGGUUUCUUGGACCGUGUGCCGCUGAACUUGGUCGGCCUGUCGUUGCCUCCCUCCAUAUAUCUCAAUGUGGAAACACUGGAUAUGGACCGCGUCUACAUUAACAAAUCUUAUAACUAUGAAAUUGUUGCCAUUAACAAAGGACACAUAAAUGGAGUAAUACUGUAUAAAGACUUACCACCACUGUUUGGAAGCACUAUAUCAUGUACUCCAGAACUGCACUGCUUGAGACCUGGGGACAAGGAAAUCUUCGUAAUCUCAUUUUGUAACUCCUGCCAGGGACCAUUCUUUGAAGAAAUUAACUUCGCCAUUCGCGACACAGAUGUAGUUCUGAAACUGUAUUUGAAAGGCGAAGUAAUAUAUCCAUCACUCACUUUUAGUAUCCCAUGCCUUGAUUUUGGAGAGGUUAGCGUAGGUGUUCCUAAGACCAUAGAGUUGGAUGUUAUCAAUGAGUCGGUGGUGGAUGUUAACGGGACUCUGAAGAUUUCGUCCGAUGGUCCGGAGAUCAGUAGCAUAACACUCAUUGACUAUGCAGUAACGGAUUAUCCAAAGCCGGUGCUCCCGCAGUGGCCUAGAGAGUUUCAUAUUGAACCAAGUAAAAUUUACAUAGAAUCUGAGUCAAGGAUAUCAAUACGGGUCACACUGACAGCUAACUUGGUAAGAGCCAACCAAACGUCACUGGAGUUGGAACUAGAGAAGUCAGACAGUCCUCCGAUAGUGCUCCCAGUGAUGUUCAAUGCCAUGGUGCCUCAGAUAACGCCAGCGGCUGAUAUCAAUCUGCGAGCCUGUUUCCUCAACUUCUCCUAUCAUAAUGAAAUUGUUGUCCAUUCUAAUAAUUUCCGAGGCUAUUUCACGCUGGAAAAAUUAGAGGAUACAACUCUGGAACUAUAUUUCCAAACGAAAGAAGGCUUUAUUGAACCAAAUAGUACACUGACCUUUCCUAUAAGUAUCAGAACAAGUGUACUUGGUGUACAAGAGAAUGGAGUCAUAAUGAACCUAUUCGGAUUGUCGAAACCAUUUGAGAUCUGUCACAUCACGGGCUGCGGAGUCCGACCCAUUGUCACCUGCUCACCAUUGGCACUGCAUUGGGGACAAAUCAAAUUACUAACACAAUCACAAAAAUGUUUAACCUUGUGUAACGAUUCCCCAGUUUACGUCAAUUUUACCGCGACAUUGUUGAAUAAAGAUGGAAGAUGGCAAAUAUCCCCAACCGAAGGUUCAGUCGAGCCCGAGUCGGAAGUAGAUUUAUUAUUAACAUUAUACUUGAUUGAUGCUGACUCUUACACGAACAAAGCGGUGAUACAUUUAGAGAAAGUAAAGGACAUUCUGGUGCCAUUAUCUGCUACUGGAGUGGGGACCAGCAUCGUGGUGGGUCAGCUUCGUGAUAGAAUUGAACUCGGAAGGCAUUUCACGAAAAUACCUCUGGAUUGCAAAGUUAUAAUGGAAAACUGUGGAACCCGGUUACAUUCACUGGAGUGGAGCGAACAUUACAAGCCGCCCAAGAAUAAACAAGUUACAGCAGGAUUUUUCAACUUGGAUCCGCGAUCAUUUAAGAUGUCAGCUGGAGAAAAAUUCGAGUUGACAGUAACAGGAAUAUCCCAUAAAGUGACGAAAGUUAAAGAAAUGUGGUAUUUGGUUGGUAGCGUGGAGGGUAUCAAUAAAAAGGAAUUGUUAAUGGAGUGUGAGGUUAAGGCUGAAUUCGUUGAUCCGAAAAUAGAGAUUUCCUCUCCAGUUGUCGAUUUCCAAUAUGAUUUCGGGCCGUAUAGCGAAUACUAUAAGCUAACUGACAUAAUCACUAUAAAGAAUGUAUCCAAACUUCCACUAGACAUUGACAUCUCAGUAAAACCUCCGUUUGCUAUCAUUCAAAAGCAAAGCACAUACAAAAUACCGUCUGACGAAGCGAGCUUUUGUUGUUGCAUACGGUACAGGAAGUCUGAUUUGAAUCUUCAAACUAUAUUGAGCAGAAUGGAUCCACGUGAAUCAAAGACGUUUAUAGACUUUCUUACUGCAAAGCCUGUGGAACCAUUGCGGAAAGAACCACUUCAUUUUUUCCAGGACAUUCAUAAAAUUAAAACAGCAUUCAAUCUCACCAGCACGGUAGAAGAACGUUUAGAAGAUCAAGAAAUUAUGAAAUUACAAAUAUUAUUUGAUACUACUAAACAUGUCAGUCUUAAGUCAAAGGUGUAUUGCGACUUGAUGAAAAUUAGAUUCAGAGGACACAGAAACAAAGAUGCUAUUAAACUAAUUGGUAAAGUAAACUUUCCGAAUUUAUUAAUUCUUCCACCGAGAUUAGAAUUUCAAUGUAUUUUGAAUGGAAGUAUACAAAGUAAAACAAUAAAGAUACAGAAUACAACACCUCUCAUGGUUUGCUACCAGUUUCAAUGGAAGAAAUGUUUGAUAACACAUAUCCCUCCACCUCCAAUACCAGAAUACGCAGUAUGUCCCAGUCCGGCCAAAAUUAUUUCUGAAGACACUGGGACCACCGGGACUGGUAUACGAGAUGCCCUCAAUAUUCAAAUUUCGGAUGGUUCAGAACCGGAGAAUGACUCAGCAAACGACCUUGGGGAACUCCCAGCUGGUGAAAUUGAAACCGCUGCUACUUAUGGCGGAUCCGAAAGUGAUACCGUGUUCUUGAAAACUCGAAUAAUUAGAAAAGUAGCUCCCAUGAUAGAUGGUGAUUAUGACACACAGUUUGAAUGGAUAUACAAGUUUCCUAGAUUACAAAAGAUUACUAAUAAAAUUAACAUAAACGAUAUAUUUCAAUUGGUGUCGCAUCGAGGACUGCUUUCACCUGGCGAGAUUCAAUUCGUGCACGUGAUAUUUAGGCCAAAACCUAAUAUUGGGGUCCGAGCCAUUCUGGAAUGUGAAGUUCUGGGUGGACCUCCAGAGACCAUCGUUGUUACCGGCCAAAGUUCUGAUUUAAUAUAUGAAAUAAGUUCUGAAACUGUUAAUUUUAAAAUAAGGUCUUUUCAUGAGAAUGCUAUUGAAGGAUUAAAAAUACGUAAUAUUGCAAACUUACCGUUUGAAUGUAAAACAUAUCUUUUUGAGAAGAAGUUUACAAGUGAUCUAGAAGCAAAUAUUCUUGAAAUAAUACCGCCUGAUAAAAUGUUAGGACCUAAAGAAGAAAUUGAAUUGAAAGUAGUAGUUCGACCUGGCGUGAUUGGCUACUUCCACAGAGAAUUUUUGCUAGAAAUUGGGCACCUCCCUCUUAUGCCGAUCGAAGUAGUUGGGUGGGGUGAACUACCUCAAGUCUAUAUAACAUUGCAACGAUCUUAUACAGCUGAAAGUAUUCGUCCAGAAAUAGGGUACGAAGCUAUACCAAAGCUGACGCAGUCAUAUCUGGAUUGUGUGAAUGAAUUAUUUCACAAAGGCAAAGAUGAACAUUUAAACUCACCGUUGACAGAGAAAUGUUUUGAAGAUCCUCAAUUUUAUACAGAUUGGCAUAUUUGUUCGGCUUGGGACGGUUACCCAUCUACAAUGGAUAUUGAUCUAGCGAUAGAAAAAUUAAUGGUAGUAGAUUACAUAAAGACCAAGCCUGAAAUAAUACACCCUUACACUACAGCUCAUCCGAAAGUGGCACCAAUACAAGGAUUUUAUACGAUCCCCUAUAUCAUUGACUUUGGUGUGGUUAUCACUGGGAGUACGGUGCAAUGUAUAGCUGACAUAAUUAAUUAUGGGCCAAUAGCGGCCAAGUUAUAUUUUUCCAAAGGCACCACAAUUCCUCAGUGGCUUACAAUAAAAUUUGUUGGAAGAUUGCUGGCUGGCGAAACGGGGAAAUUGGAUGUUACAUUUGCACCCACUUCUAAUGACUUUGCCGAGCUGGAAAAUAAUGUGGAAACAUCUUUUAAUAUUGAGGUGGCUUAUGGUCUGACAAUUCCAAUUCAAAUGAAAGCGCUAUGUGCUGUGCCUUACUUAGUAACAAAUGUGAAAGCUAUCAACUUCGGAUCUGUACGAUGUGGUGACAAAAUAAUUUAUUCUAUUCCAUUAAAAAAUGUAGGCAAGCCAACAUGUAUUUGGUAUGCUACUCUCAAGCUGAAGACGUUAGGGCCUCCUCCGAUGGCGGUACUCAACAAUUCUGGAAACUACAAGCCAGGAGCUGGAGGAUGGCUUAGUGUGGCCUUUAAACCAACCAUGGAGAUGAUGUACGAAGGCCACCUCAUAUUUAGAUUUCACAUGAACCCUCAAAAGAUGACGAUUCCAGUGACGGGACAAGGGAUAGUUCCACACGUGCAUAUCAUAGGGCCGAACGUAAAUUUCCCUCCAACGCUACCGUGGGCUGAAACAACCGACAUUUACUUCGGAUUAACGAAUCCGUGCCCGUUUCCGAUAGAACUGAUAGUGGCACAUUCGGAUGAAAAAUGGAAAGAAGAAGAGGAUGUAUAUCAAUUACUUUAUAAAUACUACGACAGACCAGAAGAGAUGUUGGUUCCAGUGAUAAAACCAGGCGUCGGUUUACCACAAGAUGUUGUAAAUUUCUAUCAUAGAUUUCAUGAAAGAAUUAAAAGAGCGAAAGAAGAUGAAUUAGCUCUUAGCAAUAAAAUUAUAACAACUAAGGCUGCACCGGCUGCGAAAAAACCGAAGAGUCCUAGAGAGAAGGCACCUCAGAAACAACACUCCGGUCCGAACAAGGACACAGCUACAUCGCCGAAGGUGCGAGCCGAAGCUAAGAUACGAACUGAAGCUGAAAUAAUAGCAGAUGAAAUAAAAGCGAUGAAGGACAAACAUGUGGACCCUUUAAGACAAUGUUUACGUGUUUUUGAUUACGACGAUGAUUUGUCGGAAACGGGCGCUGGCCCCUCGGAGAAAGCAUCGAAAGGAAUUUUAAUAUUUUUUCACGGAUCGCCUUGUGAAGAAAUGCAGUGUCAAGAAAUGGCUUACACUGUCGGGAAGAAGUUAGCUAUACCAACAAUAAAUGUAGACCACGCCAUAGUUCAUGCUUUGUGUGAAACCGACAUUCAAGCGAAAGAACUAGUGGUUGCCGCCGUAGAAGAGAAUUAUGAAAUGUUGAAAAGAAACAUUAAGAGCGACACUGCUACCGAUGCUGAACAUGAAGACGAAUUCGAGGAAGACAAAGACGAAUUUGAAAUUCUAUUCAACAAAAUUCAGUUUCUAGCCAAUCAAAGAAAUGUACCUACCCCUCGUUCAAAACAGAGUGACAAGAAGAAAAAGAAGACGUCCCUUAAUUCCUCCUCGAUGGGUUCUCAUACUGCAUUGGGAGCCAUGGGAUCAACGACACUAUUUCAAAUGGAUUUAGUGGAAGAACUUCUUACUGAAUUAUUCCGAAAGCCUCGCUUCAGUCGAGGGUUUGUGGUAGAAUCACUAACAAGCUUCGUUAUGAAGAGUCCUCCUUUAGUAAUGACGACAUUAAUUAAAUGUAAACGCAGCAUUUCGAACUUGCACCUGGUUUUAUGUCAUUCAGAUUUCUCUAAAUGGGCGCAAACGUACGAGGAAUCUCAACGCGAGGCUGAAACCGUACAGGAGGAAACUCAGGUAAAAGUAUAUGAUGAAACGGAAAUACAAGAGAUUGUAGAAUCGUUUGAGGAUAUGGACGCAGACGAAUAUGAUAACUCAUCCCCGGAAUUGAAAGCCUUGUACAUACAGUGGGGCUUAGAGGAAAGGAGACGAAAAUAUUUUGAGAAGAAGGGUAUUGAUUACAGACCACCAGUAGAACCUACUCAGAAGAAAGAUAAAUCAAAAGAAGGACGCUCAAGUGUGCAUGUAGACGCGAACGAAACAAAGAAAAAAGUGAAAAAGGAUGAAACUAAAAGUAAACAACCGACUGAAUACUCGAUAAUGAACGCGAAGUACAAUGACUACAACAAAACGACGUACGAACAAUUGAUAAAUAUUGCAAAUAAUUGGAUUAUCGAGGCAUGUGACGUGGGACAACCACUGCUCACCUUCACCGGUCAGAUGGUCGGUGCAGCUCAGAAGAAAACUAAGAAGAAGUCUGAAAUCCUAUUACAUAAUCAGUUAUCUGAAGCCAAUCUUGCGAAUAGAGGUUUUCCAAUAACAUUCAUAAUGUGUCCCUGUUUACAAUACAAAGAAGCUUUGAAAUACAUGUUUGCAAGAAAUGUAUUACAAUCGAAAUCUUCAAGGGAAACAGAUCGUGAUAUUCUUAAAUGUUCUGAGAUUAGAAAAGAGUUUACUGUUCUGCUGCCCAAGACUUUCCCUGUGAUACAUCAUGAGCCUCCUCUGAAAUGGUGGUACUUAGAAGAAUCGCCGGUAAAGAAAUGUGAAUGUAAUCAACUAACUGAUCUGAAUUUGUUGGACGACACAAAUCAAGACAAUGUUUUAAACAUCCUCUCGAAAUGGCAUUGUACGUGCGGCAAGAAGCUGACCUCUUCACAAACAUCAACAAGUGAGAUCCCGGCACUUUCGAUGGACAAGAUUCCCCAUGAGUCUAGCGAGGAAGCUUUAGAGCCACAGCCCCUGCCACUACGACGUUUAAAAGCCAUUGCUGCGCCAGCAUCUCGUUUAAUACUGCAGCCGGGGGAUCUGGUACGUUGCAAAUACUCCUUCAGCCCUCAAGAGGAAGGUAACUACAGUCUGAAGCGGUAUGUGGAAGUCAGUGGGUGGCCGAAGUCAAGAACUGAUAUCAAUAUUAGUGGGACCUGUGAUUUGCCAAGAUUGGACAGUCGUCCAAAGAAAAUGUUCGCUAAUUUUGUGAGGAGAACCCAAGAAGACCACAUCUAUAAAAUAACAUACUUGGAUGAUCUCAAAGUAUUUGAGUUUGGGCCAUUGUUCAUAGGGAGUAAUAGAAUUUAUGAAGAAGAUUACAUAAUAAAUUUGAAAAAUUCGUCCUUGAUAACUGCAGAUAUUGUUAUCGAGUUUCUAGACGAGACCACAGUAUUUAAUAUUGACAAGACGAACAUGAAAUUGGAACCUGGCGGUCGAGGCAAAUUAAAAAUUUCAGCUGCCCCAGCCGAAGUGGGUGUACACAAAACCGUGCUACUAUUCUGUGUCAACGACAACCCCGAAAUAGUGAUGGUGAACGUCUCUUGUAGUGGAGUGUGGCCUGUUGUUGAAAUACUACCGCUGUCUAAGGUUAUAGACUACGGAAGACUCCUACUCUAUCGUCGAGAAGAUGAUAGGUUUAUAGUAAAGAACGACUCAGUUCUACCGAUAAUGUGGAAGAUACGCAACGCCCAGGAAUUUGUUGAAGAUUUCAUAAUAGCACAGACGUCGGGUAUCGUGCCGAGGAGUGAUAAUCAAGUUGUGCCCGUCACAUACAUUGCAUGUCGAGUUGGUGUUAUCAAUUCAAAAGUCCUUACGAUCGACAUCUACGACUCACUAGGCCGUGGGGAUCCUAUUUUGAUGGACAACUUGUCUUUAUCCGCGGAGUGCUAUGAUGUAAUGGUUGAAUGUGCGCACGAGAACCCGUGCGAGAACUUUCUCAACUACGGCAACGUCAAAGUUAACUCUACGGUCGUUAGAGAAAUGUAUUUGCUGAACCGAGGCAAAUACAAUAUUUACUUCAAAUUGAAGAAGGUAAAGGAUUUCCCUGAGCCGUCGCUGUUAAAGUCUUUCGAAGCUAUACCAGAGUGCGGCGUGAUCCCAGCCACUCUGAAGCUGGUAGCUAUCGAGUUUGAGUGCACUCCCACCACCUCCAUGAACCUGGUGAACGUGCCAGCUUACAUCUGCUCCCUACUAGACGGCAGCAAGGAACAAGUCGUUGUGGCCAAGUUCCCAGUUUGUGUCAGCAUCGCUUCAUUUUAUAAUACGUUCACAUUGUUUCCACUGGGCGAGUUGAACUUCCAUAUAAUUCCGGUGGGGACUGGAAUAAUGAGAGAUGUUAUCUUGAACAAUACAAGCAAAUGUCCCGUCACUUACGAGAUCGUUCUACCUGCUGCAUAUCAAUUGGAUCCUGCUGUGGCUGCGCUGCCGCCGAAAGGAAAAGAUACUAGAAUAAGAAACCCUCCACUAAAAUGUGGCAAUUUUCUGAUAAUGAACGAGGACAACCUGCUUCCCCCUGGCACCAGUCGCACGAUACAGAUACAAUUCUUUGCGCCAGCCGCGCGGAAGUUCGAAGAGACUAUUAGCUUUAUUAUUAGCGACACGUGUCCAGCCGAGGCCCAAGGAGUGCCGCUGCGACUGGUCGGCACAGGAGCCAUGCCAACUUUGGAUCUCUGGAAUUUAGAGACUACAUUUAGAGAACAUUUAAUUGUUAAGAAUUUGUGCGAGUAUAAAGUACCAGAGUCCUCACCACAUUGUGUGUUUGUGGAGAACUCUGUGACGUUACAUUUCUUCUGCGUUACGGUCAAUUCGAGUCACAUGGGUGCAAUAGAUCUAUACAACAACGGACUUGUUGCUUGUGCGCUUAACAUGAGGCUCCACCAUCAAAGUAAUUCUAACCCAAGCAUAUUCUCUUUGGAUAAGUUCGAGACACACAUCGAACCGUUACUACAUAAAAAUCUUGGGAUCAUUUUCUCUCCUAAAUCUUUGCAGGAAUAUAGAGCGGUCUUGGAAAUAAGGCUUAAAUUGUUAGACAACCAAGAACAGUCAUUUAAAAUAUGUCUAAUUGGAGAGGGGGUCAUUCCUAGGAUCGAAUUGUUGUCACCUCGACUGAAACACCAAAGGACAGCUGUGCUACCAUUUGCAGUGACGUGCUUGGGAUCCAUCAGUAGCAAACCAAUUUCCUUUAGAAAUAUAACGUCGGUAAAUAGUGUUACUGUUUUGGAAGUAUUACAGUCACUGGAUGAAGUUAGACCCAUAUUUUGGUUGGCUGCAGCACCGGAAAGCGAACAUAUGGUCACGUAUGGAGGCAAGGAAGAGAUAAAUUUGCGAAUGAAAGUAAUGUUACGACCAGCUCAAGUAACAACAUUGAAUGCUUAUUUCAAUCCGAUAACAAAAGGAAAAACUGAUUGCGAUAUAAGAAUUACCAUUGAAGAAAACCCUUAUGAAUAUUUUAUGAUAAGGUGUGAAGGCGAGUCGUUCAUGGAGGAUGUCAUACUCGUGGGUCUGGAAAUGCUUUCCAUGGAUUUGGACCUCGAUACGUAUAAAAUGUCUUUGGAUGAGACCAUGUCAACUGUGUCAACUAUGGAAAAGAAAAGUAAAACAGCCAGUUUACUUGAGAAGAAAAAGUCGAGAACCACGCACGCUGUAGAGUCGAAAAAGUCCAAACGAAUAUCAUCUGCUUCAAUAAGGCCGCUGACCUAUUCGGAACCUUCGCUUCUGAAAUAUGUCUUAGAUUUUGGUGGUUGCGAAUUGUGUACCCUACAGAAGAGGUCGGUGGUAAUGGUGAACAACUCAGAGAAGGUGUACAAGUUCUCCUGGUCGGAAGUGGAGUGCAUCAUCACAAAGCCUUCCAUAGGCUACAUCUCGCCAGGAGAAGAGAAAGAUCUGGAAAUUAAUUUCUUCGCUGCGCAACCUGUUUCAAUACAUAAGGAGAAUCUAACCUGCGUUUUAACAGCGAUUAGCGACGAUAGUCUGACAUUGGAUAUGAAGGGAGCGACGUGGGAUAAUCGCCAGAUGAUCACACGCUUCGAUCAUAACGCGGACUUAAGUUUGAAUCAGAGACACGACGCUCAUAUUGGUGAGCUAGUGAUUCCACCAUCCGACCAUAUUCAGGGAACAAUCACUAUGGUGAUAGUAUACUCAGCACAAACCGAGUAUACUAAAUAUACUACUGACUUACCGGAGCACAAAACAUUGCUAGACACAUUCAUAUAUCAGACAAGAAACUUCGAGUUCAAGGUGGAAAAUGUAGGUCAAGUGCCGAUGAAGGUAGUAUGGAGUUUUCAAAUAGAUGACGAAUUCCCAGCACGAGUUGACAAACAAGAAAUAAGGAAUUCACAGAUAUACUCCGAAGGUAUUGUUGAUGAAGAGGGUAAUAUUGUGAACCCUGGCUAUUCGACGACCAGCAACGAGCCGCUGCCAGUUAUGUCAGCACCUGAACCACCACCACCGCAGCCUGAGAAUGAGCAAAGUAAUGUGACGCUGUUCAGCAACAGUGUGGGUCGGGAAAGUGUCGACACAUGGUUCGAGGUGGACCUGCCGUUCUCCAUACAUCCAGUCAAGGAUUGCUUGAAGCCAGGCCAAUCGACAGUCUUCACUGUGACGUUUGCACCAGUUGACGCAUUCGAUUUUAAAGUGCGUCUCAAAAGUACUAUAGAUAAUCUCGAUCCUUACGAUCAGAACAUAUCAUGCAAGCUAAUAGCUCGGUCAGUGAUCCCGUACGUCCACUUGGACAUCGAGGAGAGUGACUACGUGACGUCAGGCAGGAGGAAGAUCACGGGAGUCGCUUUACCUCCUCAUCUCACUGUACUGGAGUUCAAUGUCUUGGGAUCAGGAUGUUACAAAAAGACUUUCAACGUGAUAAAUCCAACAAGCGAAGCGUAUGAGUUCAUAUUUGAAAUGGUGAUGUCUGACAAGCCGGAGCUGAUACCGGUGCACUGCAACAGGUUGAAGGGAUACGUGGAAGGAGGCACGUCCUCUGAAGUUACCUUCACAUUCUCUCCAACUACUCCUGGGGAUUACGAGUCUCUUUGGAAGUUCCUUAUACCAGUCUACAACCUCGUCAUGAAUGUAUUAGUGGUCGGCCUAGUCAGGGAGCCAGACGUCGUUUUUGUCCCAACAAUUCUCGUCAUAAGAAACUCUUUAGUCGGCUUCACGAGCACGAACGUUGUUAUACUGAAGAACAAUGAAACCCAAGACCUGAACUUUGAGUUCAAGGGCAAUUCGUUGUGUAAUGAGUCCGGCAAGACGCCUGUUAUUUGCGAACCUAAUCACGGGGUGUUGAAACCGAGAUCUGAGACGCCAAUUAACAUUAUUUACACGCCAAUCCAUGACGGUCCACUCUCAUAUAAAAUAUAUUGUAAUGUGACAUAUCUAACCAAGUAUCUAACGCUAUGUGUUAACGCGCUUAGCUAUUCCAUUAGACCAAAAGUGACUUACUAUAUAAUCGGCAAUGAGCAUGUGCUGAACUGUGACGCUAUCACCAAUAUACAUUUGGAACAGACUGCUUCGACGUAUGAGAGAACGAUAACAUUUAUUAUAAAGAACGAUGGUUCGGCAACGUUCUUCUUUGAAUGGAGUUACAACGUGUCGUAUGUGAAGAAAUACAUGCAGCUGAGUGUAGAGCCAAAGAGUGGUCACGUCACUCCCGGCAACGAAAUUGAAUGUACUCUGUACUUCACCCUCAAGCAAGUCCCCGUGCAAGCAUUUCCAGUUAACUUGGGUAUUUCAGACGGUCCGGAGUACAACAUAUUUAUUCACGCGGACAUUGAAAAGCCUGCGUAUCACUUCUCUUGUAUGGACUAUAACUUUUCAAAAUGUUUUAUCAAUGCGCCUGAUUGUACGUACAAGAAGCAUAUUGCGUUGACUAAUGAUGACAAAGUUCCAAUUAUCGUUGCCUUAAAUUUCACAAAUAUACCAGAGUUAGUGGUCGAAUAUGAUGAUGUAGCAAGUAUCAAGCCGGGAAAACGUUUGAAAAUUGCAAUUGACUUCCGACCGAAGCAGGUCAAGGAAUAUGUGUUCACAUUGCAAUUUUUUGUGAACUCACUCUGCGAAGAAAUUGUCACCAUAAGAGGGGAAGGUAUUCCUCUCCUAUUUGAUCUCUACGAAGGGUGCCAAAAGAGCUUCGAUUUGGGCUUCGUGAAAGUGGGCGAGAAGUUAGUUCGUACUAUAGAAGUGAUGAACCAUAGCAAAGUAGCGAUCGAAGCCUCGUACAUAUUCAGAGACAUGUAUCCUGUAGUAGAUGACUCGACUAAAUCUGAUACUACGAGUGUUUGCUUGAGUCCUGGGACGGAGGCUCUGCAGCAUGACGUGGGCCCUUCCAGAGUGCAAAUGUUACAAACAUACAAAAAUGACAAGGUGCGCCACCAAAUCGCGAAGGACAUACAGAAUGCAUUAUCUUCUUUGAAAGUGAUACCGAACAGGUGCACCAUCCAACCGUAUAAGAAAGUUCCCUUGAAGAUACAGUUCAAACCAGUCGGAAUGAUUAGUACACUCAAUGUUCAGCUAAAUAUGAAAGUAUUUGAUUUCGAGAGGCCUCUGGUUCGCCUCAGCGGCUGUGCCACGGGCAUGAGUUUCUGCUUUAGCCAGAACUCGUUACAAUUUGGUCGCGUGCGCAAACGUGGGUGCAAGAUACUCAAAGUUAUGCUCCAGAAUAAAGGCGAUUUUGGGGCCAGGUUCUGGUGGCAGCCACUAAUCUCCAACGAGUUCAUAAUAUCCCCUCAGUACGGCACGAUAGCUGCUCACACCAACGUCACGUUCACCAUCACAUUCAGACCGGUUAAUCAUAAUCCAUUCAUAAAAGUAUGGGCAAGUUGCAACAUAGAGAAUUACAAGCCUCUUGAAUUGGCCCUGUACGCGACUUGCGUGGACAUGGGUAACAUACAAAAUAAGACUGUGUACAUGGAGUGUCCUGUGCGCGACGUCCUCAAAGACUACGUAGUCGUUACUAACCCAACUGAUGAUUUAUGGUUCGUUAUAUCUGAAAUAUCUGGUGGACCAUUCGAAACUUUGAAAGAGUUUCACGUUGAACCUAAUUCCACAUUAGACAUUCCAAUCAGUUUCAAGCCGAAGACUCUUGGUAAACACGAGAGUCAAGUGCUUUAUUCACCUCUCGGGGAAAGCGCAUUAUUCGUCGCUUUAAUUGGAAAUGCGCUGGGUCCUAACCCAAAUGGCACCAUCAACGUAAACAUACCAGCUAAGGAACUCCUAGUUGAGUUAUUGUUAGUGUACAACAUUACCGAGUGCCCCGAAACGUACGUAGCGUCGACGGAGCUAGUGAGAGUUGUUCCUGAUAAAUUUGAAGGACACUAUGAAAUUAAAUGUGCAGAAACAAUAAAAACGUGGGGAGAGGCGGCUGCCACGUGUCGUUGGACCUUUGUGUGCUAUGAAGAAUGCGAAAUGUCGCUCAAAGUGGUAUUCGUAAACCAGGCGACUCGCGAAUAUCAAUUCUACAUCAUCAACGUGUUAGUGACUCCGAGCCUCAUAGUGGACACGUUGAAGUUUGUCUGCCGCGCGCGGGAGAUGGCACAAAAUGAACUAGUUGUUAAAAAUCCACUGGCCGAAGACGCAGAAUUCACUAUCCACUGUGAACAACUACAAUGUCCCGAUACUUUGAAGAUUAAUAAGAAUUCUGAGGCUGUGUUAACGAUGACGUAUUCACCAUUGGUGGUUGGUGAAAUAGAGGAGCACUUGGAAGUCUCUAAUUACAUAGUUGGCACAUACGUUUACAAAACUCUGUUGAAAUGUUUGCCCGCGAAGGAGAAAAAUCUAGAAUAUGAAACUUCACUUGGGACUAAUAUUCCUAUCCGUCUCAAAGUGCAAAAUAAAAGUGAUGUGAGAUGUGAAUUCGUUUGCAAGGUGUCCCAUCCGUCUAUACAGGCGGAAAAGGAUUACGCUCUCGGACCGCUAGAGAAAGGCAAGUUUUUAGUGUGGUUCGAACCUACGGAGCUCGGUGUCCAGAAUUGUAGGAUUUCGUUCAAUUCCGAUAUUGCUGGCGAAUUUAUAUUCAACAUAAAAGGAAUUGGUACUGAUCCGAAGCCGAGUGGUCCAUAUGAAAUAAAAGCUGGCUCAUUUACAUUUAUAAAGUUCAAGAACGUUUUCGAUGAUACGAAAAUGUUUAAAAUAUACGUUGAUAGAGACGAAUUUUUUGUCAAAACUCUGUAUGAACCCGUCAGGCCUAAAAAGGAAUUGAGACUACAGGUGUUCUUAGUUGAAAGGCCAGUAACAGGAUGGUCAGUAAUGCCCACUGGUACUCUCACCAUCGAGAACUGUGAACCAACAAGUCCCAAGGUGCACUGGACAUACUUCCUGCAAGGCAUACCCUGAUACAGAUUGUGAUAAGUAUUUUGUGUUGUCUCAUUAGUAUUGGAUUUUUGUUCAUUAUUACAUUUAAUUAUUAUAAUAAUAAUAUACACAUGUUUAA